CACAGCUUUCCUCAACACCUCCAAAAUGGGUGGCGAUCUGAAUUUGAAGAAGUCAUGGCACCCAUCGCUGCUCCGCAACCAGGAGCGCGUAUGGCAGCAGGAAAAGCGCGCUCUAGACGAGCGCAAGAAGGUCGAACAACUGCGACGUGAACGCGAAGAAGAGCGCCAGAUCCAGGAGCUCCAGCGCCUACAAGAAACCUCCGGCAAGACCGCGCCACAAUCCCGAGUCGACUGGAUGUACCAAGCCCCCUCCAGCUCCACGGGCCACUACUCCGAAGAGAUGGAGGGAUACCUGCUGGGCAAGCGACGUAUCGACGGCAUCUUAUUGAAAAACGACGCCGACAACCAGAAGCUGGAGAAGGGUGCGGACGUGGUCGGGGCGAAUGCGGCGGCUGGUCCGUCAGUCGGGUCUGCGCGCGAUACCAUGACGAAAGUUCUGAAUGACCCGCUGCUUGAAGUCAAGAAGAGAGAACAGGCGGCUUAUGAGGCUGCGGUUAUGGAGGCUGCUCGGCGCAAGGAGAGGGAGGCUCGCCGGAAGGGCGAUAGCGGUCGAGAUAGUGGUCGAGACCGAGACCGGGAUCGUCGUCAUCGCGAUCAUGAUUCGAAGCGUCGGCGAUAUAGUGAUGAAGGAGAGGAUGAUCGCCGACGUAGUCAUCAUCGGAGCGAGCGUCGGCACCGAUCUAGGUCCCCAGCUUCGCCGGAGCGAUCCCACCGUAGACACCGCAGCGAGCGAGACCGUGAACACGACCGUGAUGACCGUGAUCGCCGAGAGGAUCGACGCCGAGGUGAUAAUGCUCGAUCCCGUCGAGACGACCGAGACCGCGACCGCGAUGGUGAACGAGACCGCCGUGAUGACCGCCGUGACUACAGAGAAAGAAGGAGCUCCUACACCAGUCAAACUCGAGACCGAGACUCGGGUCCCAAACGCGACCGUGAUCAGGACAACGAGCGCGAGAGAUCCCCACGACGUUCAUCUCCCCGACGACGUUCCCCUAUCAUACACCAGGGCCAGGGCCGUAACGACCGUGGCAAUGGAGACCGACGAGACUCCCCCGCCGAGACUACAAUAAUCGCCACGACUCAUACAACCGAAACCGUGGGCCACCUCCUCCCCGCGCUGCGCCUAACAAGCCAGACCCCAAACAGCAAGAGGAGGAGCGCCUUCGCAAGCUUGCAGAAAUGCAAUCAAAUGCAAACGAGCUUGAGGCAGAACGCCGCCAGCGAAUUACUGAGCUUACUGCCAAAGAACAAGAGCAGAAGGAGGCAGAUGAUAAGCAGCGUUCUGACCGCGGUCAAUUUAUGUCCAAGGUACAUCAGCGUGUGCAAGAAGACAGCCUGGACGAGCGCAUCCGGCGCAGUCGUGGUGGACUGUCCAAGAUGGAGGAGGAUUGAGGAUUCUGAGUCCAAGGUUCGGACCUGCGCCUCAACCAGUUCUCCGUAA